CCUGGCUGGGCGCGGCGCGGCCUUUGCACUCCCGGGCCUGCCGGCUUCGGCGAUCCGGGGCUCAUGUCUCCCUCGCGAUGAGCCCUUGUCCAGGCCGUUCCUCCCGCCCGUAAAGCCGGCCCCUACUCUCCGCCCUGCGCCCCCCUCUCCGUGAUGUGUCCACCCUCUCCUCGCGCUUCGGGCGUCCGUGGGAACAGACCCUGCGAGCAGAUGGCCCCUCGGAAAGGCGGGGGUCCCACCUGGAGACUCCAAGGAAGACCCACGGCACAAAAAUGCCAUCACCCAUGGGCCCCCUGCACGUGCCCCCACUGGACCCCCUGGCCACCCUAGAGGAGCCUGAAGCUGCGCGCCUGCAUUUCCGGAAGUUCCGCUACCGGGAGGCGGCAGGUCCCCGCGAGGCCCUGGCCAGGCUGCGUGAACUUUGCCACCAGUGGCUGCAGCCUGCGGCGCGCUCCAAGGAGCAGAUGCUGGAGCUGCUGGUGCUGGAGCAGUUCCUAGACGCGCUGCCCCCUGAGAUCCAGGCCUGGGUGCGGGAACAGUGGCCAGGCAGCCCCGAGGAGGCCGCGGCCCUGGUAGAGGGGCUGCAGCACGACCCAGGACGGCUGCUGGGCUGGAUCACGGCUCAUGUGCUGGGGCUGGGGGUUGUCCCAGCAGCCCAGAAGACGGAGGAGUCCUUGGGGAGCCCCCAGCCCUCAGGAACAGUGGAGCCUGUUGAGGCCGCCCCUGGGGAGGAGACACAGAGCCCCCAGGUGGAGGAUCCCAGCCAGCUCAGCUGCAGCGUGAAGGAGGAGCCAGAGGCCGAUGGGCAGGAGAUGGUGCGUCCUGGACCCCCGCCUCCAGCCCAGUCUUCCAGGGGGUACAUCAGGAGCCAGGAGCCAGCUGCUGUGUCUUUCCUCCCCCCCAGGAUUCAGGGAUGUCGCCCCCCGGGCUGGAGACGCGAGCCCUUUCAGGGCCUGGAGCUGAGCCUCCGGGGACCGGGGUGCGCCGAGGCCCUCGCCCGGGCGACGGGAGUGAACGCCAACUUGAGGGGCCGCCCGGCGACCCGGGUCCUGUCUCCGGGGAAGGCCGGGCCGGGGCCGCCCCGCCGCUGCAGGCGCCUGCGGGCUCGGGGACGCCCCCGGGGGCCGGGCUGGAGCCGGGCGCGCCGCGGCGGAAACCCUACACGUGCGAGCAGUGCGGCCGCGGCUUCGACUGGAAGUCGGUGUUCGUCAUCCACCACCGCACGCACGCGGGCGGGCAGGGCGCGCGGGCCCCGGGGCCGGCAGUCGGCGCCGCCGAGAGGCCGCCGCAGGGCCCCUGGGAGCCGGGGCCGCCGCGCCACCUGCGGCGCGCGCUCGGGGGUCCCAGGUGCUACUCGUGCGAGGAGUGCGGGCGCAGCUUCAGCUGGAAGUCGCAGCUGGUCAUCCACCGCAAGAGCCACGCCGGCCAGCGGCGCCACCAUUGCGUGGACUGCGGCCGCGGCUUCGACUGGAAGUCCCAGCUGGUCAUUCAUCGGAAGAGCCACCGGCCUGAGGCCCCAUGAGGGGGGGUCCCAGAAGGGGUCCCCUGCUCCACACCCUGCCCUGAGGGUCACCUGCAUACCAGGGAAAGAAGCCGCAUCUUGGCUGUGCCUGUCCCCCUCUGAGGCCUGGGUUGCAAUCCCUGGCAGGGCGGCCUCUGCACGGCGGAUUCCCCACCUCUGACACUCCCUCCCCCUAAAACCUUGUCUUCCCGGCGCCCCUCCUUGAAGGCGGCAGCAGAAGGCCCCCGAGGGCAGGGCAGGGCCGGCCCUCUGUGGAGGAGGCGGCUACAGGUUUGUGCUGUUUGGCCUGAACACUGUGACCCUCUAAUGGUGGUCCUCUGUGUGCUUUUUAGAGUUUUGAUUUAAAUUCCACUGACCAGUUUUUGUUUUUUCCUGUAGAUAAAACUUGUUAAUAAACCCAAGUGAUGUGUCCCAUAA